AAGCCAUGAGCAGCGUAAUCGCCUUCCUGGCCUCCAAAUUCCAGGGACGGCGUCGACCCAAUGCACCUGAGCGUGGACACCUCGCUGGGUCUAUCAGAGUCUGAGCCCGAACCGGAUGAGACCGAGUGGAAACCGGCGCAAUUCAACAGCACAUUGGCUUCCAGCAUCACCGAAGACAUUUCAAGCCGCAGAUCCAGUAAGACGCUGAAGGGCAUUUUGGCCUUGGCGGAACAAGCCGCAGAAGCCUCCCAUUCUGCUGCAAUGAGCCUUGAGUCUGGUUUGCAUGAUACUCUCAACGAGAUGAAUUCGUUCUCGGGAAUCGCACAAACGACCAGCGAGCACUGCUCCCGCGAGACGAAGCGGAUUUCAGCCGAUGUCCAGCAACGAGCACUAGCUCUGAAAGCUGAUGACUUGUCUGACUCAGCAGAGUCUCGCAUUUCGGUCUCUGGGAUUGAUACCGGCCACAAUGACUUGGAUCCAAGACAGUGGCCUUGUAUAUGGUUGGAGCCUUCCAUUUUGGAUCCCUUAAAGAAGCUGCGAGUAUCUGGGGCGCAAGUUCCAGGGGGUGUGCACAAGGAAGUCCUGACGCAGCAUGUCUGGGAUCUUUGCCGUGAACAUGAAGAGCUUCUACGGAUGGCAGACGAGCAGG